CACGUUCGGGGGGCUCGGCAGGUGCUUUGAGGAGGAUCCCUUCUUCAGGAAUCCCUUUGCUGGCCACCACGAGCACAUGAGGCAGAUGAUGAGGAGCUUCUCAGAGCCCUUUGGGAGGGAGCCAUUGCUGAGCCUGCUGGAGGGCAGGGACAGAGCAGACAGAGCGCUGCAGCGGAGAGCGUGUCCAGACUCCUGGCUGGCUCCUGGGGGGAACCGCAGAGAUGCAGAUUUUGGGGAUCCAUUUUCUGCCAUGGACAGGAUGAUGUCAAACAUGAGGAACAGUAUGCUGGAAAUGCACAGGAAAUUUGAUGACCUGUCCACGUACCCCGAUGGACACACGUUCAGCUCCUCCUCCAUGAUGACUUAUUCCAAAGUGGAGGAUGAACCUCCAAAGGUUUUCCAAGCCUCGGUCCAGAUUCGCACAGCCCCGGGAGGUGUUAAGGAGACAAGAAAAGCACUUAAGGACUCUGAAAGUGGCCUGGAACAAAUGGCCGUUGGCCAUCACAUCCAGGGUUGGGCUCAUGUUAUCAAAAACUCCAAGAACUGCAAGACUGGGGAUGAGGAGAUGAACCAAGAGUUCAUCAACCUGGAUGAAAAUGAGGCCCAGAGCUUUGAUGAGGAGUAGCAGAAGGAGCAACAACUACUU